AUGGCUUUGACUGUGGACCAAGUGUUGGAUCGGAUUGGGAGUCUGGGACUCUACCAGAUUCGCCUCAUUUUUAUUCUGAGCUACAUUGAGUGGGUGAACAUCACCUGGCAGAUACUGGUACCGACCUUUAUCGCUGCUGAACCUAAUUGGCUGUGUGAGACCAAUCACAGCGCGUGUAAUCUGACGGGGGAAUUUAAACCCGGGGAUAAACUGUACGAUGAACGGUGUAAGAUGCCGAGAGAAGCCUGGAAAUUUGCCGAGGGUUACACUUCAGUGGUCACUCAGGUAAGGAAUAAUUAACAAUUAUUGGACGAGGUUGAGCAAGAUAUCGUGAUUUGUCUGUGGCGAGCAGAUCAAUUAUUCGGCUGAGGUAAAUAAUUGAUCUGCGAGACACUGAUAAAUCACGAUAUUUUGCGAUAACCGAGUCCAAUAAUUGUUUUAUCAUUGGAUCACCGAGUUUGUUUUUUUAAUGAAUAUCCUCGGGAAGCGAAGCGAUCUACUAUUUUUACGCAAGAGCGAUCGCAAGAGGGAGAAAAGCACGGUGUCCUUUACGCAUGUGAAGAAUAUUAUUUGCAGCCAAACACAGUUGGACGGCAUUGCGCAUGAGCAGACCAUUAUUUGUAGGCAGUUAUUUGCAGGUCACAUGGUGGGCUCUCGGCCAAUGAAAGGAAAGAAAAAUUUGGUUCGAAUGAUAAUUUAACUUAUUGAUCAUAAUUAUAAUUGUAAGGUUUUAAGCCAGAAUCCCAACCUGAGAAAACAGCCGACAUUUUGAGACGCCACCACUGGUUUCCCCACGAAAUGACGUCUGAGAAACGAGCGCAGAAAUUCCAUACUGAUGGCCGCCAUCGCUAAUUAGCACUGGGUAGUGAUUUUCAUUGGUUGAAGCAAAUUUCCCCCGUGGCACGACCAAUCAGAAGCACUACCCAGAUCUGAGCAGUGACACUUUAUCUGUAUAGAAUUUCGAGGUCGUUUUUGAUGAGAAGCUCAUGUAGACUGAGUGAACAAUUGAUUGAGAUCCGGUAGAAUCAGCGUUACUGUGACUGUUUUAAAUAUAAGAGCGCAAGACCGUGACCCCGCCUCUAGGAAAAAAAAACGAAGGAGUAACAAAGGACUAUCCUCGAAAUCUCCAAUUUUUCUGGCUCUAACACACAGGAAUCCCAACAGAUGUCGCCAGGUUAACGAUCAGACAUCGCGGAAAAUAUUUACGUAAAAAACAAGUAUAGUAACACUAUUCUGAAGAUGUACGACAUUUUUACUUUUCAGUUUGAUUUAGUAUGUGACAAGUCCUUGCUUGGAACAAUUUCUACAUCUGUGAUUUUUGCUGGAUGGCUAGUGGGCGCUUUAGCGGGCGGUGUGUUGGCAGACAAGAUUGGAAGGAAACCUGUCAUGUUUGUGUUUGCAUUCAUGUGCAGUUUCUUUGCACUUCUCGCGGCCUUUCCCAAUGUCUUUUGGCUCUUCAUUGUAUUCCGUCUUCUUGUCGGGAUUAGUAUCGGUAAGCAUAAUACAACAAAAACUGUUUAAAAAUGCAGUGAGCCACUUUAACCAAUUCUUGUUGCUAUGUGUUCACCGGCCUCUUUCCCAGGGCUUUAUUUUUAGAAAAAGGGAGGAGCUGGGAAAGAAAUUGCCGUCCGCUACAAGCAAGUCAGAAGGAAAAAAAAAUUGUCACGGCGUGUCUGUUACCAAGGGAAAGUUCUUUCAAACUACUUGUUACUCGUCAAGAGAUGUAAAAGCUUUUAAGCAUUAACAUCUCUUAAAAAGACCGUCUGACAUCGCGCGCUGUGAGGUUAUGCAUAAUUUGAGCUUUUUAUCGCAUUUUACACAGCGCCAAUUUAUUGCACUAAUGAUUUUAAGGUGUGUGAGGGGACAUGUGACCAGCCGAUGAGGCCUUCCUCCCCCCCCCGCCCCCGCUAUUUUCUAAGGGAAAAGCCCUGGGGAAGAGCUGCUGUCUUCGCCACUGCUUCACUUUGUUUUUCCCUCACAAAUCCCAACAGGGGGUGGGGCAAUGGGAAUCUACGUGUUGGCAACUGAGUUCGUGGGGGUGAGGCACCGUCAUGUGGCUGGUACAUCACUAUGGUACUCCUGGGCUCUGUCACUAGUCAUGUUAGCUGGUAUGGCAUAUGGAUUGCGUGACUGGAGGCACCUGUCCAUUACCUGUGCGGCACCUGGGCUUAUUGUCCUUAUAGGCUGGUGGUAAGUCACGCAUUCUUCACGUACAGUAGUGACGACUUUCUGGCUCGAGCCAAGGUCGAGUAACUAUAGAGCCUCUUCACUCGCUUGGCCUGUAGCAAUGCAAAUGUUUUGGGGAAAAAGAAAGUUUUUACAUAAAAAAAAGGUUCACCUCCCACGGGAUUGGUUUGGGAUACCAACAUGGUCGCCGUUUCAAUGUUUCGGGACACCAAAAUGGUGGACAGAAAGUUAUGUCUGGUGAAAACGCUCUAUAUUGGAUGACCAGAUCGCUCUCCAGUUUAUUAUAACGGCCAUCUCUUACUGAUAAAUAUUUUUUUGGAAGGAAACCGAAUGAAUUUCAGCCUAGAUACUAUUGAGAGGACAGAAAGAACAAACUGAACUCUUUCACAUCACGAUAUCUUGUCAUACGAACUCUUAAAAGUCGAAAAAUCAUCAAACCUUGAAACUUCUUUGUUUUCCUUUUGAAAUACAGUCUUUCAGAUCUCUUAGUAGAAAAAAAUUAUAACUGAAAAUACUUUGUUAAUUUCAGCUCAGUUUUGGUCUAAAAAUACAGUAGUCACAGUAACAAAGCUCCUUAAAAAUUUUCAGUUUCAUUUUAAACUUUUUCUGUUAAGUCUAUUUCUCAGCGGUUUUUAAGAUGUUAAACUAGGGCGUUUCUGAGCAUUAAAGUAAUAUUUCAGAUCUUAGUUUCUGCAAUUUUCUUUGUUGAGACCCGGCUAUUUCCCAGUCUGGCGAAUACCAAAUUUGUAUUUCGAAACAAUCCUUCUCCCUCUUUCAUUACUCCAUUCUACGUUUUUUUUCCCGGACGGGGGAUACUCCUUAUAACUGUCUAUACCGGGAGGCUGCAUCCGAAAAGGGCACCUUUUUCAGGCCUCAGGGGGAAAUCCUUCAUUUUGGUCUGUAAUAUAACCUGAAAGGGCAACAGAAGGUUUUUUGGCUGUGGAAAGUCGAGAAAAUUUUCUAGUUUUGUGAUUUAUUCAUAUUUAAAAGAAAGUGCAUUUACAGCAGUUAAAAGGGAUAAAGUAGUUCUAAACUAGUUAUUUGAAAGGGGUACCAUCUGUCAAUGAAAGGUAUCCGAAAGGGAUACCUUUUCCGUGUCAAAAAUGGUAUGUAAAAGGGUAAAGUGUUGGACCUCUGGGCAGAGCCAACCCGCCUAAAACUUUGUUAAAUUCCCCCCGGGCAUUUUUUUUAUGCAGGUUUACUCCUGAAUCAUGUUCUAUAAACAACGACUUUCCUUUUGAGUUUCUUUGGCUCCUUUAGGACGCUUUGUAGCGGUGCUGAUUGUUCUUUUUCAUAGGUCUUCUCGGAGAAAUAUUGGGCUCACGACUGCCCUUCCAAGUCGAAUUGGGCGACGUAAGAGAUUUGUUUGCAAGUAAAAAAAUGUGCCACAGGACACUUGUAUCCUGGUAUGCCUGGUAAGUGGAUCAUAAAUGAAACUUUAUUGAACCAACACUGGAUGUUUUUUCGGGGUGUGCUUGUAAUUUAUCUUGUCCAAGAGCCUAGUUACCCUCGUCCAGUGGAAUGGGUAAAGAACUCUGAUAUAGAAAGUUCGGAGUCCCUGGAGACUAGCCUGCGUCGCAACCUGAUUUGCAAAUCGACAAUGGCUUGUUAACAGACCAAUCAUGACGAGUACUUAAAUCGUGGUACGUAGGUGGGGUCCCAGAACAAGGACUUCGGUGCUGUUUCGAGAAGGUCUCAGUCACCAGAGUUUACAGUUGAACCCCUCAACAACGGUCACCUUGGGGACAGAGGAAAGUGGCCGUUGUAGAGAGGUUGAAACAAGAGUCAAUGUAUGGACUGUCCGCCAAAAAAGGUGGCUGUUGUCGAGAGGUGUCAAGAGGCGGUAGUUUCAUCUGUAAUCUAGGCUGAUGGAUACGAACUGACCUGAAAGCGUAUUUGAACGACGCAGCUUCCCUUUGAGUACAACGAUGCUCCGUUGUGAAAACCUCGUCAGAGCUCUUUCCUUAAUACCAAGAUGUUAUUACCAUAGAAGAAGUAUAAGUUUAAAAGCGAACGAAACUUUGGUUUUAUGACCUUGUUUAGCAAAAGAUUGGAUAAAAGGUAUAAAAAUUUUCUGCGCAGACCACAAAACGUUUGAAAAGAUCCGUUCGCCUGAGCGCCCAACACGAUGAAGAAUUUAAGGGAAACCUCCACCCUUAUCUAAGAGUUCCACCAAAACUCUUUCAAUACUUUUCUUGGUGUUCUUUUUAGGUUUGUAAACGCAAUGGUCUACUAUGGGGUAUCCUUCAGUACUCCAACACUUGGCGGUAACAUGUAUUUGAACUUCUUCCUGGCCUCAAUCAUUGAAAUUCCAGCCAAUUAUGUCAGCAUCUGGGCCAUGGGAAAGUAAGUCGACAGCGCCCUUCUCAAUCUUGAAAAAGAUUACCUCUUUCAGUUUGUAAUUGUAAGAGCAGCAUUGAGAACAGUGUCUGGAAAGGGUGGUCGUGAUCCCGCAUUCCCGUCCUUUUUCACGAUAAUCUCAAAUCCCGAACUUCUUUCAUCGCUAUCCCGAAUAUCAUUUCUUUCCCAAUCCGCUUUUGAGCGCAAAUUUUGGCGAAUCCCGCUUCUCGGGUAGCAGUAUCCCGUUAACGUUUACCGAAUCCCGCACUCUAUUUGGUCAAAUCCUGGAUCCCGAGAAUACCUUUCUAGACCCUGUGAGAACGCUGAGACAUAUGUGUUUAAUCAAAUCUAUAGCGCAAGAACGAAUGAUUAACAAUUCCUUGACGUAAAUAUUUGUUGCGUUUCAUCGCAGGAUUGGUCGCAAAAAGUCACUUGUGUAUUUCAUGAUCUUAGCCUCCAUAGCCUCGGUUGGUGCUGUGUUAUUUACGAUGUAUGAUCCUGGCAACGACAAAUGUAAGUGACUGUUUCCAAAGCUGCCUUGCUAUCUUCCCAUAUUAGGAAUUAAGCUGUGGAUUUCGGAUUCCUUGAGCUGAAUUCCGGAUUUCGCAAGCAAAAGUUUCCCGGAUUCAGGAAUCCGAUUGACAUACAUAGGGUGAUCGCUACCCCAGGGAGGAGGGGGGGGGGGAGGUUACUUGGAUUAAUUUUAGCUGGGUAUGUGCCACUGGGCUCUCAGAACCCCUAUCCGAUUAUAGUCUACUCUGUGGCCAAAUAUAGACUCCAUCUUAGUCACUUUUGGGAAAAUGUAAUUUUCACGAUGCCAACUUGGUAACUUUCUGCUUAUGCAUCCUACUUAUAAAGCCUUUUAACUAGAUCAUCUUGAAAUGAAUUGACACAUUGGUUAAACUUAAUGAAGUAAAAAUCUUCCCAUUUUAAAUCCCUACCUACCUGAAUUUUCUGAUCCCCCAAAUCCCAUGUGCGAUUCCAUCCUAGUAGCUCUAAACAAAAUGCCAUCCCAUUAUAGUCAAUCCAGCGGUGAAAAUGCGACCCCAUCAAGCGGCACAUCCCCAUUAGCCUAUCACUAGGAAGUACCCCCCCCCCCCGGGGAUCGUAGCAAUAAUCGAUAAUCUUUGAGGAGUCACUAGAUACCAGUUAUCUGAAAAAAUUUCAUUGACUCUUUUUUUAUUUCAGGUUUUGCCGCAGGUCGUAUUAUCAUGGCGCUGGCAGCUAAGUUUUUCGUGUUCAUUUCCUUCGCUGCGGUUUAUGUGUUCUCGACGGAGCUGUUCCCUACGGUUAUUAGGUGAGACGGUGGACAGACUCGAAAAUUAUACGCGUUUUUCUCUAGCUGAGUAUGGAUGGUCAAAACCAUGCGAAAUCGCUACUAUGGACGAAGAGCUUUCGAUUCGUUUUUGUUAUCAUGAAAACAAAGGUUUUCGAAAACGCAUUUGUCGUGGACAGUGACUUGUCUGAUGAUCCUCUACUGAUCUUCAAUAUAUUCUUUGCAACCUGACCAACCUUUCAUGUUUUGUUCUCUUUUCAGAAACGUAGGAAUGGGUACCUCUACUUCGGUAGCCAGAUUGGGUUCUUUUGCUUCUCCAUAUGUCGUUCAUCUGGUUCGUGAAAUUAGUGAUAAACUUUUUAUUUAUAUUUUUCCCUAAACUUUGUUUAAUUACUACAGUGCACAAUUCGCCACUAUAGAAACGAGAAAGGAAAUGGAGCCGAAAUGAGUCCCGCAAUAGGCGCGCGCCGCUCAGCUAUUGGCCAAUUUUUUUCCUGUCCUUAGUCACAGUCCCAGAAGUCUUUGCGAAAGUUAACUCGGCUCAGUUCCCUUCUCGUUUCUAAAGUGGCGAAUAACUGAAUACCCUGGGUACCAGAGGUUUUUCUCGCGUGCGGCGGGAAUUUUCGGUGCUGGCCGAAGGUCGACACAUCUUCGGUCGAAAGCCGAAGCCGCGAGAAAAAGCGUUUCGCGCGGGUCACUAUUAAGACUUGACAGAAACUGGAAACCGCGCUAGAAAAGUCUCUGGCACCCAGGAUAAUAACUGAAUGACACAGCAGAAAUUCAGUAUUAUAGUUCUCAAUGAAUUUUUUUUCUUAUGUUCCUUGUUGAAAAUUAUCGAUUUAUGUUAAACUGGUCAACGUUAAAGGCAAUCCACGGAUAACUGGCGAGCCUUCAAAGAAAAUGAAUGAACCUGUAGCAGUCAACUAAUUAUGAAAAAAAAAAGCAAAAAUAUGUAAACAACUCUUCGGCGAACAUAGCGAUAGUAGUGACGAUACGAUUAUCUUUGUAGAUGGACUUCAGUUUUAUCUUUAGAAGUGUAGUGUCCAUAAGAUCACUGGACUCACUUUGGAAUUUUUAUUUCAUUUUAAGUUACCUUAAGAAUUAAUUGACGAAUCAAUAAUCAGUUAUGAAAGGCUUUUGGAAUACUGUAUUUGUUGUAGUCUUGCCAAUAAAGCUUGUUAUUGUUGUUGUCUACGGGGAUCGUAGCGAUAAAAUAGGCAUUUCCGGGUUUUAAAACGAGGCUAAGUGCAAAGCCUUUCUUGCGAAAAAGAUUUUUAUAAACAUGAGAAUGGAAAAUCAUUUUCAUGGAAUUGAAAUGGCCUUUUGACUACCAUGCUUUACUCCGUGUUUGUAAGAGUGUUUAUUUCUCCCAUAUAGAGCCGAGUGCAUCCGCUCCUCCCCUACGGAAUCAUGGGAGCCAAGGCGUUGCUUGCGAGUAUACUCUGCAUGACAUUACCAGAGACAAAGGGACUGCCAACCGCUGAAACAAUGGACUCUGAACAAGGUAUAGAGCUGGGGAUACAGAAUGUCGCCAUGGAGGAUACCGUGUUAAACGACGAAAAAGAAAAGGUACAGGAAAAGGAGAAACAAUUGGAAGAGGAGAAAAUGAGUGAGAAAAUGCAGGAAGUAAAGGAAGAAGUGAAAGACAAGAAUAAAGAUAAUAACAAUGUUGGACAAGACCCAGAUGAAGGAGGGAAUACGCACGAAGAUACGAAUACAGCAAAUGGUGAAGUAGCGGGAAACCACGCGAAUCUUGGUUAUAACACUGCUUUUUAA